CUCCCUCGGCUCCUAACGUAUGAAAAACAUGGCUGCGCUCACGAGAAACGUGAGGGCAUUUUUCAAACUGCAAGGAAGUGUUCUAAAGGAUGUUGGUAAUAUCUGUCACGGCUGCCGGCAGCUGUACAGCCCUGCGGCUCUCGGCGUCGACAACUACGUGCGGAGCAGGGAGAGGGUCGCCACGCAGUUCACAAACCUCGCGGACAAGUUCCGGGCCAAGAUGGCGGAGUUCUCGGAGCCCAGCUCCGCCAACAUGAUCUUCACGGAGGACCUCAAGAACAUGGCCCACCUGGUGCAGAAGGGCUGCAAGGAAGACUUGGAGCUGGUGGUGAAGAUGAUGACGAGGUUCUACCAGCAGAACAAGAACCUCAGGUUCGGCAGCUUCAUCUUUGGUCCGGUGAUCAUGCGAAUGUUCUACUACGUGAACGAGCCCGACUUGGCGUUAGAGGUGUUCCGGAAGCCGGAGCUGGACGGAUUCUUCGACCAGCUGGUCAGCUACCAGGUGCUGAUGGACCUGCUGCUGAUCAACCACAAGUACAAGGAGGUGCUGGAGGUGUUCGAGGCCGUGACGGAGAAGCAGCUGCAGAACGCCCGCUACCCUCGCAACGUGACGCUGCUCGCCUUCGCCGCCUGCUACAAGAUGCAGAACUCGGAGGAGAGCCUGAACUACGCCAUGAGCCUGUGGAACAACCUGCAGAAGGUGGGGCACCAGCCUCUGCGACGCACCUGCACCUUCGCGGCCGCCCUCGCGCUCCGCCAGAACGCCCCUCAGUACACCCUCGAGAUCGUGUCCUCCGUCCGCCAGCAGAACUACGUCACCGUCCGCAACCUCAAGAUGGCGGCCCUGGCAGACCUGGGGCGACCGGACGACGUGAUGCCUCUCCUCAGGAGCAUCCUGGUGGUGGAUGAUCCCGAUGCCCGCAAGCAGUCCGUCAUGCAGGACGCGCUGGACAAGGUGAGGCAGUCGGUGGAGUUGGCAGACAACAAGGAGCUGUCGUACCAGUUCGGACAGAUAGAGAAGCAACUGCGGGAACAAGGACAUCUGCAGAGUACGGUGACUGUCUGCUGUCCAGGGACUGGACGAGCUGCUGUGCUCGGAGAUAGAGCAAGUGACGGUGGCACAGCCGCAAGAGAGGAAGUACCUGGCCACAAGCUUCACCCGGCAACCGAACGCCGUGCAGCGAACCAGGAUCCGACCUGGCCUGCAAGAGCUACAGUAGUCUUGUAGCCGCCCGCCUUUUAAUGGCUUAGUCAACUACAAUUAAACAUAACAUUUCUACUA